ACAACCAAGUUUCCUUCUUUUACAUGAACAAGGAAACAAGGGACUUAAAGGACAAGGAAUUAAUUACUUGUUGACUAAGUAAUUAAUAUCCUCAACAAUAACCAAUUUUAUGUUUUUAGGAAUUAUUUACUUUGGUUGCGAAAAGCCCUUUUUUUAUAGUGACUUAAACGCGGCAAUAUAUGUUUUUCAGAUGUGUUUCACAGAUUCAAGAAUGACGAAGGGAAGUUCCAACCCAAGUUAUUAGGUCAUCAAAACGUGCAAGCAUUAAUUCAACUGUACGAAGCCUCCCAGUGGAUGACAGCUGGCGAAGACAUACUGCGUGAAGCCGGCGAAUUCAGCGCCCGUCGGCUACGUUCGUGGAUAGCCCCCAAGCCGUCGCAAUAUUAUUCCGUCGUUAAUGAUGUCAUUGGACUACUGGCGACGGGAGAAGCCGUCGCCAAUGUGCUGAAACAUCCCUACCACAAGAGCAUACCAAGGUUGGUGAUUAAAGACUACUUGAGCAGCUUUGGGGCAACGAUUACAAGCAAGCGGCAGAGUCGCUACGUUGAGACUCUCAAAGAUCUGGCGAAGUUGGAUCUCAAAAUGAAUCAGGCGGUACAUCAGAACGAACUUGACCAACUCUCCAGGUGGUGGGAUAUUGAGGUUUGUUUGGCGGCGAAUGUUGGGAGAGAUCAGCUGCUGGUCAAAGCUAGCUCGUGGGCAAUGGCAACCCUCGCAGGAUCUCAAUUCUCUGGCUACAGGGUCGAGCUUGCCAAAAUCAUUGCCUUAGUGAAGCUCAUUGGCAACAUCUUCGACUCCUAUGGAUCGCUGGAAGUACUCACACUCUUCUCACAGACUGUUACAAGAUGGGACACCGAAACGACAGAUAAAUUACCAGAGUUCAUGAGAGUGUGCUUCAUGACUCUCUAUCAUAUGACUAAUCAGAUCGGAUACAAAGUGUACAUAAAACAUGGACGAAAUCCGAUGCGCUCACUUCAACAAUCGUGGGCAAAAUUGUUCGAAGCAUUCCUAGUCAAGGCCAGAUCGUUGAGAACGGAAGAGUGUCGAAAAUCAGACGACUGCUUGAGGACUGGAAUCGUGACUUCUGGAGUGCCAUUGUUGCUGGUUCACUUCUUCUUCAUGUUGGGCUUGGGCCUAACGGAACAAAACGUGGGCCUCGUGGACGGCGACGAACCGCCGUUGAUAACCUCCGUCGCCAAAAUUCUGCGCCUGUCCGACGAGCUUUCCUCCACGUACGAGGAAGGCGUUGGAUACGACGUCGGGUCGCACGUGGAUUGCUACUUGAAGGAGAAUCCUGGUCUGACGGUCUCUGAAGCCAGGAAGCAUGUGGUCGAAAUGAUCGAAGACACGUGGAAGCAACUCAACCAUGAGUAUCUGUCUCCGGCGGUACCUUUCCCGACGGUUUUUGGGAAGGCCGUCGUUGAUUCUGCCAAAAUGGCUCCUUUGAUGUAUGAAAUUGGACUUGAUGAUGAUGAUGAUCAGGAGUCGUCUGACAUUGAUUGCAUUCCAAGUCUGCAACAGUACCAUAACCAGCCUGCUUCUGUUUGAUUGAAAGAGAGACCUCGGAGUUAAUGAAUCUGUGUAAUAAUAUUCAAUAGUGUGAUCUUCAGCUUUCUGUAAUUGAUAUAUAUCAUAUGCACCGUGUGCUUUCUUAAUUGUCUUUUUAACCUUUUUUUGCUUGUUGCUUACUUGAUGCAGCAAGCUAAGUACGUACCAUGGACAUGUGGAAUAUUUCAGUUCGACCGAUUUUUAUUUGAAGGAGUGUAUAAAUCAUUGAUAUAAGUUAUAGUUUUGAAUCUCUUCAAAUAAUUGAAGUGGCCGGACUAGUUAUUGACAUGUAUCAGAGUUAGGGGUGUCUAUACGGUCCGGUCCGGUUAAAUCGGACCAAAUUGAUCCGGUCACAGUUCGGUCUUUUCGAGAAUAUAAGGACCAAAGAUUG